AUGGUGUAUUGGAUUUUGAAUGAAAGCUUGUCAGUUCUGUUAUUUUUAUUGUGGCUGGGAAUGAACAUAUACCUCUUUAUCGACACAUUCAACUGGUAUGAAGAAGAAUAUGCCUAUCUCUAUACACGGGUUAUACUAGGUUCCACACUCGCCUGGGCAAGAGCUUCUGCCACUUGUCUCAACUUCAACUGCCUGCUAAUCCUCUUACCAGUCAGUAGAAACCUUAUUUCAUUCUUAAGGGGAACACAUUUUUGCAACAGAGGAGUACUGAGACGGCAACUUGACAAAAAUAUCACGUUUCAUAAGACGGUUGCCUAUGGAGUAGCUGUAAAUGCAACCAUUCAUAUCAUUGCACACCUUGUCAACAUUGAACGCUAUCACCUUAGCCAGUCUGAACAAGCAGGAGAGCUAAGCAAAAAAUUGUCCAGUAUUGGCAAAAGCCCUAAUGAAACCUACUUGAAUCCAAUCAGGAAUGAAGACACAAACACAGUGACUGAAAUACUAACAACCAUUGCUGGAACAACUGGUCUCCUGAUCACGGUGUCCUUCAUCCUGAUCAUGACUUCAUCUACAGAAAUCAUCACAAGAUCCUUUUAUGAGGUGUUCUGGUACACCCACCAUCUCUUCGUUGUUUUCUUCAUUGGUUUGGUUGUCCAUGGCACAGGGCAGCUCAUCCGUGGUCAGACUACUCUGAGUCUAUUGCUGCAUAAUGUCACUUACUGCAAAGAUCACUAUUUGGAGUGGGAAAUAUCAGCUCAGUGUCCUCUGCCACAGUUUUCUGGAAAGGCUCCUGUGGCUUGGAAGUGGGUCUUAGGCCCUGGGAUAUUGUACAUUGGUGAAAGAAUAAUAAGGUUCUGGAGGUUUCAACAAGAGGUUGUCAUUCUAAAGGUGGUGUCUCAUUCCUCUGGAGUGCUGGAGUUUCAUCUGAAGAAACGUGGCUUUAAGAUGAAGCCUGGUCAGUAUAUUUUUCUUCAGUGCCCUGCUGUGUCGCAGCUGGAGUGGCACCCGUUCACUCUCACGUCCGCCCCUGAAGAUGACUUUUUCAGUGUCCACAUAAGGUCUGUUGGGGACUGGACAGAAGCCCUUUUCAGUGCCUUUGGAUCGGAGGGAAAAGCCUUUAAGGAGCCCUGGAAGCUGCCGAGACUAGCAGUGGAUGGACCCUUUGGAGCUGCAGUCACAGAUGUCUUUUGGUAUCAAAUUAGUGUGUGCAUCGCAGCAGGAAUAGGAGUCACUCCUUUUGCAUCCAUUCUGAAAUCUAUUUGGUAUAAAUGCUGCCAUCGAAAUGCAGAACUGAAACUAGAAAAGGUUUAUUUCUAUUGGAUUUGCCGAGAUCCAUCUGCCUUUGAGUGGUUUGCUGAUCUCCUGUGCUUGCUGGAAGCGCAAAUGGCUAAGAAAGGGAAAGCCCAUUUUCUAAGCUAUCACAUAUUUCUUACCAGCUGGGAUGAAAGUCAGGCUGCUCACAUUGCCCUACAUCAUGAUGAAAAGGUGGAUGUAAUUACUGGCUUGAGACAGAAGACCUUCUAUGGACGACCAAACUGGGACACUGAAUUUAAACAAAUAGCAGAAAAUCAUCCCAGUGGCAGUAUUGGUGUUUUCUUUUGUGGACCUAAAGCUCUUUCUCAGACCCUUCAAAAGAUGUGCAGUUGGUAUUCAUCUGCUGAUCCAAGAGGUGUUCAAUUUUACUACAACAAAGAAAGUUUCUAG